UAAUAAUCAUUGUUCUAAAUCCCAAUCGCUUUCUGAAUUUCGGAGUCGGGCGAGACAUUAUCGGAUCUAGGAUUCCCUCUCCGAUGACCGCGAAGAUCCGUUUUACUCCGGCGCCGAUCCGUUCCUGAUUCCUUCGUUAAAUCGCAACCUAAACCCUCGCAGUGAUCACUGACUCCUCUUCCUCCUCCGCCGGCUAGCCGACCGGCGUUGACCUGAUCCGUUGCCGGAGCUCGAGUUACCCGAGUAGAUUGGAAGCUUUGGAGGGGGCAAUGCGAGGCACUUCAUGAAGCAUCAUUGAUCAGUGAAUAGAGGGUAAGAUGUGUGCAGCUCCACACACUGCUAAACUCUCUGAAUCGAAAAGGAACAUUAUUGAGGCUGAUGGAUCUGCUAAGUUUGUUUAUCAAGUCUGGAAAGGAAACAAUAGGUUCCUCCUAGGUGGAAGGCUUAUCUUUGGACCAGAUGUGAAGUCAAUGGUUCUCACAGUAUUUCUUAUUGUAAUUCCAAUGAUCCUAUUCACAGUGUUUGUCUCACAAAGGCUGAUUAAUGAAUUCCCUCACCAUCGUGGAUAUCUGAUAAUGGCUAUCGGUGUUGUCUUUACAAUAUAUGUUCUGUUUCUUCUUGUAUUCACAUCUGCAAGGGAUCCCGGCAUUAUUCCUCGUAAUGCACAUCCUCCAGAGCCAGAUAAUGAUACUGAAUCCGAAUUGGUGGGAAAUCAGCGUGGUUCAUUAAGUUUGCCGCCAACAAAGGAUGCCCUUGUGAAUGGGAUUACAGUAAAGGUCAAAUAUUGCCACACAUGCAUGCUAUAUCGGCCUCCACGAUGCUCCCAUUGUUCUAUCUGCAACAACUGUGUUGAGCGGUUCGAUCAUCACUGUCCUUGGGUUGGGCAGUGCAUCGGAAAAAGAAAUUACCGGUUCUUCUUCAUGUUCGUGUCCUCCACAACCUUGCUUUGCCUGUAUGUCUUUACGUUUUGCUGCGUUAAUCUAAAGAAGAUAAUGGACACAAAUGAAUGUAGUCUGUGGAGAGCGAUUCUGAGGUCCCCUUUUUCUGCCAUUCUUAUCCUCUACACAUUUGUAGCGGCGUGGUUUGUCGGAGGAUUGACAGCGUUUCACCUCUACUUAAUUAGCACCAAUCAGACAACCUAUGAGAAUUUCCGAUACCGUUAUGACAAGAAGACUAAUCCAUAUAACCAAGGAUGGAUGAGAAAUUUUAUGGAGACCUUCUUCUCCGAGAUUCCUAGCUCCAAGAAUGAUUUCCGAGCCACAGUAAAAAAUCACUCAACACCUUUCUCUUCACUCCCUCCGGGACAAGUCUCAAGUCCUCCAAAAACAAGUGUUGACUUAGAGAUGGGUGGGAAACGGCAUGCCGUGGCAGAGGAAGAACUUGAAGACAUACAGAGUGAGAUUGGCAGCAUGAGAGUAUCAGAGGGUUGUGACCCGCAACCAUCACAUUUGAUCAUCACCGAAAGCAAGACCAACCGUGAACAAGCAACACUAGAUGAUAUACAAGCAUUGACUGCUGAAAUCAACACAGAGAAUGGGAAAAUGACCGAAUCAUAGCAAGUACACCAUUGUAUUAUCUUGUUCGCCUACUAGAAACAAGUAGGGAGAUUGUAAUUUAGUGUAACUUUUAAUUUCUGUAUCAUUUUUGAAACCUGUAGAUUCAAAUGUGAUCUUGUUUUCUUCAUUGAUAGAUCACGAAAACUAUUGAAGCCUGAAGUUUGAACUCAAUACAAGCAGAAUGAGUUCAAGA